AUGGUACACCGGCGGACACACACGGGAAAGAAAUCAUUGCCGUGUGACGUGUGUGACAAAUGGUUCAACACUAACUCUGCGCUGACGGUACCUCGUAGAACGCACAUAGGAGAGAAACCGUUCCAGUGUGACGAGUGUGCAAUGUCGUUCAGUCAAAGCUGCAAUCUGACGAUCCACCUUAGAACGCACAUGGGAAAGAAAACGUUCCAGUGUGGUGUGUGUAAAAUAUCGUUCAGUCAAAGCUGCAAUCUGACGGUCCACCUUAAAACAGACACGGGAGAGAGACCAUUCCCGUGUGAUGUAUGUGACAAGUGGUUCAAAACUAACUCUGAGCUGACGGUACACCUUAGAACGCACACUGAAGAUAAACCGUUCCAGUGUGAUGUGUGUGAAAAGUCGUUCAGUCAAUACAUUAAUCUAACUGUACACCGGAGAAGGCCCACAUGA